AUGUCUCCGGCGACAUCGACGAUUCUCGUCGGUGGACGCCGCCGUGUCUCGCGCGAUUCACACGGCGGCGAAGCCACUACUCCCGCCGUUUCUCCUCCUACUCCUCGAGAUCUCUGCCGAUUUCCGAUUCUCCUUCCCGUGUCCCUUUCCCUUCUCCUCUCCCCUCCGUUACGACCUUUCCUCAUCCCGUUCCUCCUCGGCCUCCUCCUCGAUCUAAUCUUCGUCGGAAUCGUGAAGCUAACCUUCCGUCGAGCUCGUCCCGCUUACAAUCAUCCAUCAAUGUCCGCCGCCGUAUCCGCUGAUCACCAGGGGCGGAUCUAG